AUGUGUGAGUGUGCGUGCGUAGGUGUGCGUGAAUGUGUACGUGUGUGUAUGAUUAUUGCAUGGCUUAAUGCGGCUGUUUAUCAUCCAUUGCGAAUAUUUCCCUUCCAGCAAGUUCAAGCCCAGCUGAUGGCGCUUCAAAAUCUUGCUGCUAUGUCGCAAGCAGCUACGGCUGCUGCUACCACUACCACGUUGCCACCACAAUUGGCUCCAGCUACCGCAACAUUACCACCAUCGUUAGCUGCGGCUGCUGCUGCUGCGGCAGCGGCGGCUGCAGCUGGAUCAAGCGGAACUGCUACUACCGGAACAACACUACAGAAUAGUCGAAAACGUGCCUUGGAAGAGGAACAAGCUGCUGCGGCUGCCGCUGCUGGGCCAUCAACGGCGCAACAGUUCGAUCAGAAUUCCUUUCUCCUAGCUGCUGCUGCUGCGGUACCAAUUUUCCAGUGUCGACCCAAAGAAAUCAUACCUCUUCAACGGUUCCCCGGUACUGACGGUACCAAUUUUCAUUUAAAAUGCAUUGGUACCUUCCUUUUAGCAGGUGCUGUCCCAUGUAAACGUCCAGCUGCUGAGAAAGGUGGUGUGCCAGUGUAUGCAAAUGGUGCUACAGCCCAACUUGCUGCUGCGGCUCAUGUACCACAAGCUACCUUCAAUCCAUAUUUGAUUCCCGGUAUCGGCUACAUGCCAACUGUGUCAUGUAAGUAUACUCUUUCUUUUUUAUUAACCGUUAAAGAUCAGUUUUCCGGUGUCUAA